AUGGCUGGGGGAGCUCGUCCACGCGCAGUCGCGGUCGCCGGAGCGGAGCUCGUCCGUGCGCCGCCGCAGCGACCGGCGGUGGCUGGGGCGGAGCCCUCGUGCGUGCCGCGGUGGACGGGACGGAGCCCCGCGCGCGCCCGCGGUGGCCAGGGAGGAGCUCGCCGCGGGUUGCUCAGGAGUCCGCCGGCACGGCGGGUGUCCGCGGCGGCGCGCCAUGGGAGGAGUUGGCCGCAUCUCCUCCACAUCGGCCGAGUGGGCGUUCUGGCACUCCAAGUCGGCGCCGCGUUCGCCGGGACCGUGGGCGGAGCAGGCCGCGUCCGCGCUGGUACCGGGGGCGGAGCAGACCGCGCAUGCGCCGGUACCGGGGGCGGAGCAGGCCGCGCGGGCGCUUUGGCUGGGGGCGGAGCCGGUGGCGCCGGCGGCGGCGCUCCUCGCAGGGCCGGCAGGAGCGGGGCUUCGUGGCGCUGUCAUCGCGUCGAGGCCGUAGCGGCGGUCCGCGCCAGGUACCUUCCCGCGGCCGUGGCUGCGCCUGCGUGCCCGCGAGCGGUGGUGGCGGCUCAGGCGGCGCGCCCGCACGCGCUGGACGCGGUUGCGGCGGCCCAGGCGGGUGAUAUCCUGUUUUUGCACAUGAGCAAAGAUCCUAUCCGCACGGGAGAAAUAGUUGUUUUUAACAUCGAUGGGCGUGAAAUUCCAAUAGUUCACCGUGUAAUUAAGGUCCAUGAACGUCAGGACACUGCAGAAGUUGACAUCCUUACAAAAGGUGACAAUAAUUUUGGGGAUGAUCGACUUUUAUAUGCACAUGGUCAGCUUUGGCUCCAGCAGCAUCACAUUAUGGGACGUGCUGUAGGCUUUCUUCCAUAUGUCGGCUGGGUUACAAUUGUCAUGACUGAGAAACCAUUUAUUAAGUUGUCAGUUGUCAAAGCUGGAGCAAACUUUUUGAGACCUUGA